AUGUUAUCAUUUUUUAUAUUGUGUUUGGCUAGUGUUGUCAUUGCUCAACAACCACGUCCAUGCACAAGUCCUAGUCAAUGGGAAGCUAGCGUUCAUAGUUCUAAUCCAAAAUUAGAUGGUGAUCUUGUAGGUCAAUUGUCUUACGAUGCAAUAUAUCAACGAACACGUAUUCUUCAACAUGUCAAAGUUGGUACAACCGAAACUUACUACGAUAUAAUUACUUUUUAUGAUGCUAAACUUGUCUUUAUUGUGAAUAUGAAAAACGGAGAAUGUUCACGAUCUACCUUCGAUCAGCCGUGGAGUGAUUUUGGUAUUCAAUCAGAUGCCACAUCACUUGGAGAAGCGUAUAUAGGUUCAUCUACAAUACAUGAUGCUGGUCUUUUCGUUACGAUUUGGGGUGGCAAUCAGACAAUACCAUUGAAUGAAACUGCGCGUUACAUACAAACAUGGACUUUUGAAAAUUGUUUACCAGUUUCUAAUAUUUUGUUUGAACCUAGUGGAAAUCCGAAUGUCUUCAUUCCACCGGCACGAUGCUGGAAUGACAAGAAGUUUCCAAUACAAUACAAUCGUUUUGGUCCACGAAUGAAUUAA